AUGGCCGGCGGAAAGAAAUGCUUGGUUCUAGGAUUUCUUGCUUUUUUAUGGGCUGAAUUGCGCAUUGAAGGCAAAGAAGAAACAGAAGAACAGACCUGUCAGUUGCUGGGCAAGUUUGAUUUGAAUGGGCAUGUAGAUGCCAAAAACCAUUCACUUGUUAUUGGAGGACUGUUUCCUAUUCAUGCCAGGACCAUUCCAGCAAAUGAGUCGAUUUUGGAGCCAGUGUCAGCAAAAUGUGAAGGGUUUAACUUUCGGGGAUUCCGCUGGAUGAAAACCAUGAUUCACAGGAUCAAGGAAAUUAACAAGAGGAAGGAUAUUUUGCCCAACAUCACUUUGGGCUAUCAGAUCUUUGAUACGUGUUCCGCCAUCUCCAAGUCUGUGGAAGCAGCUCUGGUCUUCCUUACCAGGCAGGAAGAAAACCAGCCCAACUUUAGAAACAGCACUGGAGCACUUCUGGCAGGAAUUGUGGGAGCCGGUGGAUCGUCCUCUUCCGUUGCUGCUUCAAGAAUUCUAGGUUUGUAUUACUUACCUCAGGUGGGCUAUGCCUCUACCUGCUCAAUUCUUAGUAAGAAAUACCAGUUUCCCUCUUUUCUUUGCAUAGUAGCUAGUGACAUGUUCCAGUCGCAGGCCAUGGUAGAACUUAUCCAACACUUUGGUUGGGUCUGGGUAGGCGCUAUCGUAGCUGAUGAUGAUUAUGGAAAAUAUGGAGUAAAAAUUUUUAAGGAAAAAACGGAGAGUGCCAACCUCUGUAUUGCAUUAUCAGAAACCAUUCCCAAAGUCUAUUCCAAUGAGAAAAUGCAAAAAGCUGUUGAUGCUAUAAAGAAAUCCACUGCCAGAGUCAUUGUACUUUAUGAUUCACGUCCUCAUCCCGUUUGCGCCGAUUUGUGUCGUCCUGGGACCUUGAAGGGGAUUCGUGACGGGGAACCAAUAUGCUACUUUGACUGCAUCCCGUGUGCUGAUGGACACGUGUCACAGGAACCAGGUCAAAGGGAGUGUGAAUAGUGUGGUGAAGACUAUUGGUCAAAUGCACAAAAAAGCGAGUGCUUGCUGAAAGAGGUGGAACUCCUUGCUUAUGACGAGGCCCUAGGAUUCACGCUUGUCAUUCUCUCUGUCUUUGGGGCGCUUGUGGUCUUGGCAGUCGCAGUUGUGUAUGUGAUAUACAGGCACACUCCGCUUGUGAACGCCAAUGACAGGGAGCUGAGCUUUCAUGUCAUCAUGCUGCUGUCUUCCAUGCUUUUCAUUGGCAAGCCAUACAACUGGUCCUGUGUGGCCCGCCAGGUCACUCUGGCCCUGGGCUUUUCUUUUUGCCUGUCUUACAUUCUUGGAAAGACUAUUUCACUGUUUUUAGCCUUCAGAAUUUCCAAAUCCAAAACCUGACUUAUAUCCAUCUGCCCCCUUUAUCAGAAAAUCAUUGUGUUAAUGAUUUUCAAAACAUUAUUCUGUUUGAAAAAUAAAAAUGAAGGAAAUUAA